AUGCUGGGCGAUAUGUUCGCCGUCAAUAUCGCCAGGAUAAUCGAUCGUGAUUUCUGUAUCUUUCAACAGCAUGGAGGUCUUAAGCCUAGAGGCAGAAAAGCAGUCAAGCGUGUAGAGGGUCCAGAAGAUCCUUUUUCGAGUCUCGUUAGUCAGACAAUCAAGUCUGAUAUCUCCUUGCUUCUUAUGCAGGCCAAGUAUAGCCAGCGUAAGGCACUGGAGGAGCCGUUCACAAACUCUCUGUAA